UAGUCAAUUCAGUAACUGCCAGUAACCACCAGUAACCAUGCAUGCAUUCAAUCUGGUUCAACCAAUCAUAAGAAAGCAACCAAAUUCGUUAUUUUAAAACAGAAGACGGGAAGAGGUACACGACAUUUGUUAUAAGAAUUGUAAUUUCUGUUUUUGUUAAAUAUUUAGUCGUAUACAAAGUUCCUGAACCAUUUUCUCGACAGAUUGACCAUUUGUGUGUCGAAGUCUGCGGUAUUCAGCAUUACAGGUAGUACUUGGCAGCUUCAGCGAUGCUAAAAAACAGAAAUACAAAUUCUCAACCACAACGAAUAAUUCCAGAAGUGUGUAACAAUUUUAAACAACUACAGAUAUCUAAAGUGCCAUCAGUAUUAAGUGAAAAUAUAUCAAAUAAUACUGAAAAAUUAGAUAGUGCUUAUUUAACAAAGAAUAAAGAAGUUGAAGACAACGCAAAAAAGUCCACAGAAUUGAUGCCACCACCUAAAUUACCUUUAUAUUCUAAAACAGUAGCACAUAUAUCAAAUAAGAUUGAUGAUGGAAAUGAUAAGGAAAAUAAAAAUAACAAGAACAUAGAUGCUGAGAAAAACAAAGAACAGAACAAUGGGAACCAUAAAUAUCAAAAUGAAAAGAAAUGGGUAUUAUCAGAUUUUGAUAUUGGCCGUCCAUUAGGAAAAGGAAAGUUUGGAAAUGUUUACCUGGCAAGAGAAAAGAAGUCAAAAUUUAUUAUUGCUAUGAAAGUGUUAUUUAAAGCUCAGAUACAGAAGGCUGAUGUAGAACACCAAGUUAGAAGAGAAAUAGAAAUUCAGACACACUUGAGGCAUCCAAAUAUUUUAAAAAUGUAUGGGUAUUUCCAUGAUGACAAGAGGGUGUACUUAAUUUUAGAAUAUGCUCCAAAUGGAGAAUUAUUUAAAGAGUUAAAUGCCCAACCAGAGAAACGUUUUGAUGAAGUUAGAACAGCAACUUACAUAUCUCAGUUAGCAGAUGCAUUAAAGUAUUGUCACAGUAAAAAAGUCAUACAUCGUGAUAUUAAACCUGAAAAUUUAUUGCUUGGAAUAAAAGGUGAAUUAAAAAUGGCAGAUUUUGGAUGGUCUGUUCAUGCACCUUCUUCCAGGAGAAACACUCUAUGUGGCACUUUAGAUUAUUUGCCACCUGAAAUGGUUGUUGGAAAAACACAUGAUCACACUGUGGAUUUAUGGGGACUUGGAGUUCUUUGUUAUGAAUGUUUAGUUGGUACUCCACCGUUCUUAGCUCAAACCUAUGAUGAAACCUAUGUAAAAAUCAAGAAAGCCCAAUAUAAAUUUCCAGACUAUGUUAGCGAAGGUGCUAGAGAUUUAAUAUCUAAGUUAUUAGUUGUUCAUCCAGAUCGAAGGUUGCCGCUAGAGGAUGUAUUAAAACAUCCAUGGAUUAUACAAAAUCGAACUACAGAACCACAUGUUCAGUGAUAAAGUAGUAAAUUUUAAUGUGAUUUUUUAUUAGAAAUCACUAGAAUUACUUUUAUUACAACGAACUGUAUUCAUACCUUAUGGAAUAUGUUAUACUAUUAUAAUAUGAGAUGGGUAUAUAUAUAUAUUCUUUAGGGUGUACAUUUAACUAAUUAUUCUAUUUUUAUUUAACGGAACUGUUAUUUUUAAAAGUAUAAACUUAAUAUAAAAUUAGCAUUUACGACUUAUUAGUUUCUUAAAUUUAAUGAAAUUUAAUACAGAAUUCAACUUGGACCAUUUAUUUGUACCAAACUGAAAUGUAAGUAACUGUUUGGAAUGAAAAAGAUGUGAUACAUGACAAAAUUGUGAAAUAUUAAACUUUUUUAAUAUCAAUAAAAUUUGUUUAAUAAAAAGAAAGAACUAUUUAUGAACACAAUAGCAAAUGAUUUAUUGUGAAGGAUUUUACUGGAACUUAUAGUUUUAUAGGUAGAAAUGGACAGAAGUUUAUUUGAUGAUGAUGAAUAGAAACUUUAUAUAAAGAUUUAUUCGCAACGUUUAUUUAAUUAAAAAGUUAUUUAGGUAAAUUGUCAUUCAUUCAAUAUGAAAUUUAUUUUGAUGUACAAUUCGGAUUUUUACUUUUAUCGAAGAUAUAUUGGAUCAACGGGGCUGUAUCUUUUAUUCUUUAUUUAUUAUUCAUAACCUAGAUUACAGACAAACGCCAAACUUAUAACAGAUUUGAAUUUGAACUCAUUGGCGUAAAGUAAUUUGGAUACUUUUUUCAACCGAGAGUCGCGCAAAAUUAGAAUAAUA